UGUAGUAAAAAACCAAGAAUAAGAAUUUUUUUAAUUAAAAGUGUAAUAUUUAUAAAUAAUUUUCUACAAAUAUCUUUAUCUUUUGUUUAUAGUUUUCGCAAAUGUGCCAUAAGCAGGCCUGGCAAUAAGGUUCCCUUUCCUUGUACAGAGUGACAUUUUGGUUGACAGGUAUAAAUUGAAGGUCGACGCAUUGCAACGUAAUUUCCUGAUAAGGAAUAUUUUUAAUAAAGAAGUGGACGUCACAGAAUAAUUAACGAAGAUUUUCAAACAAUGAGUGUGUGUGGAAGAGAUUUCCGAAAUACAUUAAGAGGUGCUUGUGUUGAACAUUCAGACUGCCUGGAAUAUGAAUGGCUUCCAGACAUUGGCUAUAACUGCAUAUAUUGUGGAUGUUUGCCUGUACAUCAUAAACGAAUAGAUGAAAAUAACUCAGCAGUAAUCGUUGAUCGAGACAAUGUAAGCAGAAGUGAACCAGAAAUUGCUGGUCCUUCAAAUGAAGUAGAACUUCCUCCUCCUAAUAAUUCACCUAGUACAUUAAGUGGAGUUGAAAGAAACAAUAAUUUCUCUCCACCUCGAAAUCACACUUGCAUUCAGUGUCAGCAGCAGGUUACUCUUGAAUUUUUAAUUCCGGACAUAUUUCGCCCAAACUUAAUGAAAUCUAUUAAUUCGGGUCUGAUUGACUACAAAGAGCAAUCCGAAAUCAUAAGGACCGUCGCUUCAAAUAUGAUACAACACGAGAAAACAAAUAAGGACCAAGUAACUGAAGUUGCUGUCGCACUAGUUCAAAAAAUUCCUUCAUUAAAGGGUGUCUUCGGCAUAGAAUAUAUGGGAGUAGAAAAAUCAUUAAAAGACUGCAUUAAAAGACAGAAAUCGAAGAAAAAGAAGAAUUCGAAUUCACAAAAUUCUGAUUUAGACUGGCAAAAAGAGCAGAGAGAGAUAAUGGAAAGAGAAGUUAGAAAGGGGAAGGAUAGGAGUAAGGACAUCCUUAGAAGAACACUCCAACAAACUAGGGAAUGUCGUUCUAAGGAGAAUAAAAAAUUAACUGCAGGAGAAAUGCUGCAAAAAUAUCCAGCAUUCAAAGUACCAGAAAUGAUCAUUUGGGAAUUUUCAGAUAGUUAUAAUCUUCCUUUAUCUGCUUUACGGAAAAAUUGGAUAGAAGCUCUUCCUAAAAUUUUAACUCUUCUGCCAUCUACAUCUAGAAUAGAUGUUAAUGGUCAAACUGUCCACGUUUUGCUUACUCUGCCAAAAUUAUUUCCCAUAAGAAAUAAGGAAAAUCGGAAGGACUUGCUAAUAAUUCAUAAACCUGGAACUUCACUGGAUAAUCUUACUCCUCAGAAAAAUGAACCACCUUUUUUAAGUGCAGUCGGGAAUGCUGAUGACGAUAAGCUUAAAUUAUUUGGCUAUGUUGAUGGGAUUGCUAUGUUCAAUAAUGAACCAAUGGAAGCUUUAAUUGAAAUGAUGGCAAUUUAUUGGGUAUUCAAUAUUCAAUUUCAUUCAACGCAGAAGCACCCACUGUUGUUUAUAUCUGCGUGCUUAUUUAGGAAAGAUUCGAGUAGACUAUUGGGGCAAACUUUGGCAAAAGCUUUAUCAGUUACAAAGCUUCUGUCUACUGCGAGAAUUUCAUAGUCGCCUAUAAAUUUUAAAUCGGAACCUUUACUUUUCGUUUCAUCGUCAUUUCGUAUUGAAUUCUGUUAAUAUAUUUAUGUUGUGUAAUUUUCCUGACGGUUACUGAUCUCGAUUUUAUAAGACUGAUUAUUUUUAUUUUAUUUUAUAAUAUUGUAUAAAACUUUGUUUUUAUACAAUUUCUUAAUCGAAUUAAUGGACUACAUUCGUUAAAGUCAAACAUUACCUCAAUUUACGCCUAAUGUACAACAUCCUGGUUUCGUUGAUACUUUAUUAAUUUAGCACCGAAAACUGUUAAUUUUUUAAUUGAAUUUCAACACCACUAACGUUGCUGUUCAAUUAUUACUUUCAUAUAAAAAUAGGAUUUUAUUAUUUCAAUAUACUGCGAUAAUUUUAAAGUAGAGAAAUUGUAACUCUUAAAACAAAAUAAGUACUUUUUAUUUUAUUCUUUUGAACAUAAGUUCUCCCACCGCUCUUGUUGUUAAC